AUGUUCCAGAUACCGGCGGGUACUAUAAAGACCUCAUGCAGUGUCGAUCUGACAGACUAUCCAUACGAUAAGCAAACAUGUGAUAUAAGAUUUGGUUCGUGGAGUCAUAAUCAAGAUCAGAUCAAUAUUACAACUUUAGGCCAACAAUUCUGGGUCGGAGGUCUUUGGUAUACGAAUGCCGAGUGGAAUGUUAUCAAUGUUAAAUCUGCAAGAAACGACUAUAACUAUCCGGAUUAUGGUGUGUACACCACACUGGGUCUUACACUUAGACUGGAAAGUUUAAGUACUUUACUGUAUUUGGGACUACAGUUAGGGACGGCUUCAAUAGGCGCUCCCUAUGCAGUUAGGAAUCUGAGUCUAUUGGUUCUUAUGCUGAAGAACCGAGUGGUGCGGACACUGACAUCGCUUCCACAAAAUCAACUGAAAACGAGUGGAAAUUGA